AUGACGGCGUGUAAGUCAGUCGCCGCGAGCAGCAUCCAAGCGAGCUCAGCACUCUUCUUCACUGCCGCCGCCCAGCUCUCUUAUCGGCGUCGUCAAUACGGCACCAGCUGGUAUGACGACGCCGAUGAGAGCGGCGGCGACUGCGACCUGUGCACGGUCGAAGACGGGGAGGAGGACGACAACGAGAGAUGGUGGGAAGACUCCUCUGCUAUUGAAGACGAGGACGAGGACGAAUACGACAUGGUGCAGGAUUUCGUACCUGAGGAACGCACGCAACAGAAACUUGUUGUUCCCAGCGUCAUGCUCACCACCACGGAAGGCAACAUCUUCUUCGGCAGUGCCAUCCCAGAAGGAACAUGGUGCACCGAGUCCCGCGAGUCCCUGGAUCUGCGCAUAAAACACAUCAACAACGCAGAGACGUUCCUCUGCCCAGGUGACUGGAGACGGCUCCGCAACACCUUCCGCCUGUGGCAGCAGCAAGAGUAUGACCAGCAGCUGGAGCAAGAGCGGCAGCAGGAAGAAAAAGCAGAGGCCGCGUUGCGCGAGCACCAACAGCUUUACGCGCCCCUGAUCUUCCUCACAACCCCCGAGGGCGACGUCCUCACGGGCGACGAGAUCUUGAAGGGUCAGAGGGCUUACAAGUCCCGCGAGACUCGCCGUAUUAAACAGCAAUACGCCGCCAACGCAGAAACGCAACUCUGCCCGGGACAUUGGGAGAAGGUCCGCGACGCCAACCGCCCUGAGCCAGAAGAAGACCCGGUUCUACAGGCCAACCAGCGCGAGGAAUCCACAUAUUCCAAGGGCAGCCGCAGCUGGCACAAGCGUCUCGCUCGCGUGAACCAGCGCAGCCAACGGCGCCAGGCGAGACAGCAGAAGUUCGAGGAGGCGGAGCGGCUCUGGCGGCUGCAGAAGGUGGAGGUGGAGGAGUUUGUGGCCGAGAGGAAGGCCAAGUCGUCUCAAGUUGUGCCUGCAUGUACAACAGGUGUAUCGUCUGACGCCGGCAUACCAGACUUGCAUGUCCAUUUACCUAUGAGGGAGAGACGGAAAGAUGACGAUGAAAAGGGAAAAGAAGGUACCAAGACCCACAGUCGUGCCGGCCUAGGGACCGUCUACUGUGGUACUGAAGAAAACCCGACCGAUCGACCGAGCGGCCAAUCCGCGUCGGCCGGCUCCCAACGUCGACCGGGGGGACAAGCGCCAAAUGGAAAGCGUCCCUUCCGUGCCCCUCACGCCGUCUUUUACGGUCUUCCCACCACCAUACACAGUAGACACCCCAAAACAACCUCACUUUGGACGACCACACCCACUUCGGGAGUUGCAAAACCUGAGCCAUCCCCGGAUCUUCCAGCUCGUUCCUGUCACCUCGUCCCCCAUUUGGCUCUUCCCCGCCAGCCACUGCGCAAGCGACGUCACAACAAACUCAGCUUCGUCGGCUACGCUGAUACUGCGUACACUGUCACAAAGCGAGCAAUCGGAAAGUGGCGUGGUUUGAUUUUGACUCUUACUGAGUAG